GGCGCAGAGCAGUCGGCCCCGAGCCCCUGGCGGCGCGCGAUCACGCCACGCGAGCGCAUGACUCACCAUGAACGAGUACGUCGAGUACGACUGGAGGCUCCACCAGGUGCAGAACGAGCUGCUGUGCGACGUGUCCCGCAAGCGGCUCACCGAUGGCGACAAACAACGGGCCCUCGACGGCCUCAAAGAAGCCGUAGAUUCAAGUCUCAACUUAGCCCUACGUGACAAGAGCCGCUGCCAGGACGACGCCUUCUUGCGCCGGUUUCUGUACGCGCGGAAACACGAUGUGCAACAAAGUUUCGAGUUGCUUGUGCGGUAUCACCAGUACCGACGCGAGCACCCCGAGCUGUGGGCGCCGGCGGACGGCGGCGUGUUGCGUGCCCUCGCCGACGGGCUGCCCGGCGUGCUGGCCCAGCGCGACCGGCGCGGCCGCACCGUGCUCCUCAUGUUUGCCUCCAACUGGACCCCGCAAGCCUGCCCUCUCAUGGCCGUCUACCGGGCGCUCCUCCUCACCCUCGAACGUACCCUUCAAGACGUGCAAAAUCAAGCCAACGGAUACGUAAUAAUUGUGGAUUGGACCGAGUUUACGUUUAAGCAAUCGUGUAGUUUACAAGCCAAAGUGAUGAAACUUAUGAUCGACGGUCUUCAAGAUUGUAUGCCGGUGAGGUUCAAGAGCAUACAUUUCAUCGGUCAACCUUGGUACGUGGAGACGGCGCUCGCCGUUAUAAAACCCUAUCUGAAGGCGAAAACGCGUGAGCGCAUCGUGCUGCACGGCAAUAAUUUGUCGACGUUGCACGACGCACUGCCGCUCGACAUACUGCCCGCUGAGCUAGGUGGAGAAGGACCCUCGUACAACUCCGAGCGGUGGUUGAACGAGUUUUAUCGUGCCGAAAGUAAAGAUAACCCCGACGCGCCACCUGUUCCCCUGUCGAUAAAGACUGCAUCACCCCCUGAGGACGACCCGCCCUCCGCGAAACUCGACAAAGCGUAUAAGCAAAAGGACAAUCCAAAAUCACCUAAUGGAAAUGAAAAGAGUGCUAAGUCAGAACUGUUGCGUGAUAAGGACUGACCGUUUGGCGUGCAACGGUCGCGUCAUUAACAAUGGACAGCUGCUGUCUGCGCACGCCGUGAGCGUCGAUGCGCUCGCGAGCAUGCAAUUGUGAUAUCGAUUGUAAUGCUAAUUUAUUGUCUAGAAAUUACUAAGAACAGUCCAGACUAAAACGCCUCAUUAGAAAGUUCGAAUAUAAUUAAGGUGCAUUUACGUUAGUGAUGUAUGUGCUGAAAGGCCGGAGCGAUGAUUCAUUCACACCUUGUUUUUGAUCGUGAUAUUUAAUUGGAAUCGAUAGUUUCGGUUCGUGUUAAUUGAAUUAGCGAGCCGGUGUAUGCAUGGCGGCGGCGGGCAGCGCUACUUACUUACCCCGC